GUUCGGAGUCAUUUCCGCUGAGGUUGUGGAAGUUUAUUUAAAACGACAUUUACCGUUUUAAACCUCGACUGCCGUCGCCAUGUCCAACAACAACGCAAGCAGCAACCUUAUCAUCGCUCAAAGGGCCGUGAAGCAGCUCCGGUUAGAGGCCAGUAUCCGGAGGAUCAAGGUGUCCCAGGCCGCUGCUGAGCUCAGAAACUUCUGUGUCCAAAACGCCUCUAAGGACCCUCUGCUGAUGGGGGUCCCCUCCAGUGAUAAUCCCUUCAGACCCCCCAAAUCCUGCUCUCUGUUCUGAGCAGCAGCAGAAAAAUGGCAGAUCUCUGGAUUCAGUCAUCAAAAAUCCUUUCAUCUGAUCGUCGUCGUCGUACAUUUUAUCAGCCGCUCCUCUUGGGGAAAAUGCACUUGGUGCUGAAGGAUUUCAGGCUGGGGCCGAUCCGGUCCGAUCCAAUCUACUUGUUUGCCAAAAAAAAA